CAGAAGAGCGGCGAAAGCAGCUGCAGCUUCAGGACCUGAGUGGGUUAACUAUUUUUUAGGAGGGGGGGUGGAGCAGGUCUUCAUGAAUAUUCAUUAGCUGAGAGCUCCAAAGCCAGCCUCCCGCCCAGUUUCAGCAUCAGUCUGAGAGGAGAGAAGCAGAGAGGAGCAGAGGCUGAACUCGCUUCUACAUCUUUUUGAACUUAUUUAACGUUAGUUAAGCUAGGUUUAAGUUUUAACCACUAUAAUGGCGCUGAGAGGAUCUCUCUCCCGCUUCCUUCAGUCAACGCUGAGCUCCUGUCAGCACAGCCGGGCUCACUCUGUGGCGAUUGUAGGAGCUCCCUUCUCUAAAGGACAGAAAAGAAGAGGAGUGGAACACGGGCCCAAAGCCAUCCGAGACGCCGGCCUGGUGGAAAGACUGGCUAAUUUGGAAAACCCAGUUCAUGAUUUCGGAGACCUGAGCUUCCAGCAUCUGGAGAAGGAUGACCACUUCAUGCAUGUUCCCUAUCCCCGUACAGUUGGACGGGCCACUCAGCUGGUAUCUGGGGCCGUGAGCAGGGCGGUGGAAGCUGGACACACUUCAGUCAUGCUUGGAGGAGACCACAGCCUGGCCAUUGGUUCAGUUGAGGGUCACGCCCAGCAGUCUCCCGACCUUUGUCUCAUCUGGGUUGAUGCACAUGCUGACAUUAACACCCCCCUGACCUCACCUUCUGGAAAUCUCCAUGGCCAGUCUGUGGCAUUCAUGCUUAAAGAGCUGCAAGACAAGAUGCCAGAUGUUCCUGGGUUCUCCUGGAUGAAACCCUUUCUCAAAGCUAGAGAUCUGGUCUACAUUGGCCUAAGAGACGUGGACCCAGGAGAGCAUGUCAUUCUGAAGAGCCUGGGAAUCCAGUACUUCUCUAUGCGGGACAUUGACAGAAUGGGUAUUCAGAGAGUUAUGGAAGUUACUCUGGAUCAUCUUUUGGCAAGGAAACCACGUCCCAUCCACCUGAGCUUUGACAUCGAUGCAUUCGAUCCAGCUCUGGCCCCUGCCACCGGAACUCCAGUCAACGGCGGACUGACCUACAGAGAGGGCAUUUAUAUCACAGAGGAAAUCCAUAACACAGGUCUGCUGUCAGCGAUGGACCUGGUUGAGGUAAACCCCACGUUGGGAGGAGGUCCUGAAGCAGUGGAGGCUACAGCUACCCUUGCAGUGGACGUUAUUGCCUCAUCUCUUGGUCAGACGCGGGAGGGUGCACACGUCUCGCUUCAGGAGAUUCCUGCUCCCAAAGAGGACACAGAACAGCUCAGACUGUAGAAAAACAGCUCUCACUUAAGGACUUGGAUGGCAAAAAAAUGAAAACCACUCAGCAUUCCAAAGUUUGAACACACAAAAACAAUUUGCCCAAAACUUGGUGCACAGGAGUGAGCGUUAUCCAGUUAAGACCACGCAGCGAUGGGUUUGAGAAGAGGAAAGUGCUACCCUCGGACAAUAAAAAGUUAGAGAAGCCUCUACAUAGAGAAUUAGCAUGAACCUACGGGACUGACCGUCUGAUCGUCUCACACCAGCUAACAAACCCUAAUGAAACAGUAGCAUCAACAGAAUCAAUGUUGCCUUGAUACUAGCACAGUUUAGUACUGGUACUUGGAAUGUACAUUGAUCCUGGACUCAGUAAAUAACUUCUUUACACUUCUUACUGGCUUAGUUGUAUUUGUUGAUAACCAUGUAUGAUGCUGGCCACUUAUUUUACUGCAUUUACAACCUACAAUAAUACAUGCUAAUGUUGGUACUCAAUUUCUACACUUUAUUAAUGUAAACACAUCAGCCCUAAUCUGUGCAUCCCUAUACUGUCCUUCUGGUAUUUGUGUUUAAUUCAGUCUAGCUGAAUAUUAUUAAUCAUGUGAUUUACUUUUUAAACUGUGGAAUUGGGCUUUCCAGUCAGAAAUGAUACUGUCCUCCAUCAUGCAUAACUACUGAGUGACUGCGUAAAAAAAAAAAAAGAGUAAGAAGGAAAAAAAAUGUGCGUUUAUUAAACGUUUUGUCUUCCGCAACCUUCGCUUGGAACUGGAAAAGAUCAGCAGCAGACAGCCCAGUUUUAUUAUUGACAUGUUUGCACUUUUGGACCAGUUGUGGUUUGAAUGUAUUUUAUUUAGCAUUUGUAUUUUUCAGUCAUUUUGUUUGUUAUUAUUGUUUUUGUGUUUUAACUGUAUAUUCGUCUAUUCUAGCUGUAGCUGAAUAACGAGUUUUAAGUAGAUGUAACUUUUCCUUUUACUAAAAGAACCGAGUUCUAAACAAUAUGUUAGAACUUACUUUAAAAGUAUGAACUACUGAUUUUCUUCACAAUGCCCGCCUUUAUAAUGCUAUAAAAGCACCACAUCUGAUUCACUGUCUUUGUCCUUUUUAUGUCUUUAUAGUAACGUUUCUUUCGAACCGUUGUUUUCUGUUUUGAAAAACUGUUGUAUUUAUGUAAUAAACUGCUGAACUGUUGUAAA